AUGAAAGUGUUCACACGACUUGUUGCGAUUUCUUCGCUCGUCUCCGUCUUUGGUCUCAAAAUCAGCAGGAGUCUUGCUUCGACCGAAUCGCUGUACCACAACAUCUUGUCGAUCUACCUCCAGUUUGCGGGCUUAGAUUUGAACCUUCGAGACGAGCUGCUGAACUACGGCUGCUGGCUUCAGAUUAGAAACGCGGGACAGGACGGAAUGGUCCCUGGAGUUGGCGAACCAGUCGAUCCAUUUGAUGAGCUCGGCCGAAAGUACCAACAGUGCAUUCAAUGCAUCAAGCUCGACGGCUGUGACUGGGACUCCGGAAUCGCAUAUGAAGUUGGAUUCAAUGGAAUCCGAAUCCAGUGCAUUUCCACCGACGAAUGCCGAGUUAAUCCUUGCAAGUGCGAUGAAGAACUUGCAUUUGGACUGACAGAACUAACAGACUUUGCCUCUGAAUGUCCAUCGAUGACGACAGAAUCUCCAAUGACAACAACUACUCGACAACCUGGAUCUGGAAAUGGCGGAAACGGCGGCGGCUCUGUCAACCCACCUGAGAUGAAAUGCUGCGGAGAGUAUCCGAACAGAUUUCCAUUUUCCGACAAAGGCGGUCGAUUCGCCUGCUGUGAGGGUGCUACCUACAACACGAACAGAAACUGCUGCAGUGGAGGCGAAAUUCUGUCCCUUGGCGAGUGUUAA